GAGGGUGGGGCGGGGUUUACGGUCCCUGGUAUAAAGGACAGGGGCUACACGGGGGCGCGCACACGCCGUCCGCGUGGAAGCGCAUCGGAGGGAGCUUGACCGCCUCUUACCAGCAGGAGAACAUCAUGGGAGGCGCAGUAGUGGACGAGGGGCCUUCUGGGGUGAAGGCACCCGACGGCGGCUGGGGCUGGGCGGUGUUGAUUGGCUGCUUUGUCAUCACCGGCUUCUCCUACGCCUUCCCCAAAGCGGUCAGCGUCUUCUUCAAGGAGCUGAUCCGAGAGUUCGGCGUCGGGUACAGCGACACCGCCUGGAUCUCAUCGAUACUGCUCGCCAUGCUCUAUGGCACGGGUCCGCUGUGCAGUGUGUUGGUGAACAGGUUUGGCUGUCGACCGGUGAUGAUUGUUGGAGGGUUCUUCGCUUCCCUGGGAAUGAUUCUGGCCUCCUUUGCCACCAGCAUUCUACACAUCUACCUCUGCACUGGAGUCAUCACAGGUCUGGGUCUGGCACUGAACUUCCAGCCUUCUCUGAUAAUGCUCAAUCGCUACUUCAGUGAAAAACGUCCUCUAGCCAACGGCUUGGCGGCAGCGGGUAGCCCUGUGGCGCUGUGCUGUCUCUCCCCACUGGGACAGGUUCUCCAAUACCAGUAUGGCUGGAGGGGAGGGUUUCUCAUACUGGGAGGCAUUCUGCUCAACUGCUGCGCCUGCGGUGCCCUCAUGAGGCCCCUGCUGCCGCCUAAGAACAGCCAGGAGCUGGAGAAGGGCACGGUCACCGCGUUGCAAGAGAAGAAGUCCCAGCCUAAGAAGAAACUGCUGGACUUCAGCGUGUUUAAAGACCGAGGUUUUGUCAUCUACACCAUCGCGGCAUCUGUCAUGGUGCUGGGCUUAUUCGUGCCUCCUGUGUUUGUGGUCAGCUAUGCUAAAAACCUGGGCUACGAGGAUACUAAGUCGGCUCUGCUGCUCACCAUCUUGGGAUUUGUUGACAUGUUUGCGCGCCCUGCGUCGGGACUUGUUGCAGGCAUGAAGUGGGUCCGACCCAGGAGCGUGUACCUCUUCAGCUUUGCCAUGAUCUUCAACGGGUGCACCGACCUCAUAGGAUCCAAUGCAAAUGACUAUGCAGGUCUGGUGGUGUUCUCCAUCUUCUUUGGGAUGUCUUACGGCAUGGUGGGAGCUCUACAGUUCGAGGUCCUGAUGGCCAUUGUGGGGACAGAGAAGUUUUCCAGCGCCAUUGGCCUGGUGCUGCUGAUGGAAGCUAUUGCUGUACUAGUGGGACCUCCUGGUGCAGGUCGCCUUCUCGACGCCACCCAUCAGUACAAGUAUGUCUUCCUGUUAGCUGGCUGUGAAGUCACGCUAUCGGCCUUGGUCCUCGCCUUGGGAAACUUCUUCUGCCUAAGCAGGAAGAGCAAAGAUCCAGACCCUAAGAUGGAGACGGACGCGACUGCUUUAGAAAAAGAGGGCCUGAACCGUCAGGUGGAGGCUGGCGAAGGCGCUGGAGCUGAGGAAGAUUCAAAGGAGAACGGAAAGGUGAGCGCACUGAAAAGUGCGGAGGUGGCAGUGGGAGCAAGGGAGACCGGGGGAGAGGAAGAAGAGAACACAGAAACAUCACUAUGAGGAACGGAACUGGCAACUGACUGCACCACAAGGACACAUGAUCAUAAUCUAUGGAGAGAGGGGAUGAUGCUGCCCUCUACAUGGAAAACACAUUAAGACAGAAAUGUUUGUUACUAGAAACUGGUUCCACCUCAAUAGGUUUAAUGCCAAAUAUUUAGUAGGAUAUGAAGUUACCGUAGUGUCUACAUGCUGCAAAUAAAGUCCUUCAAAUGUUCCAUAACUAUGCAACAUGAGGGUUCUGCAAUUUUAGAGCAAAGGUGUUGCUUUUUCCCGAAGCUUUUAACCGUAUUGCGUCUUGUCAUGAAGCUGAUUGAGGUCAUUUUGUCGCUAGUGUAACCACAGGAUCUAUAACAGCCUUGGCUUGUAGCGGCAGGGAUCACAAGGUGUUGAUGGGUUUGGGCUAACUGCUGGGAGAUGAGGACUGAGUUCAGAGGAAAAGUGGCAGUUAGUCAUGCUCUGAUGCCUUCUACAUAGAUAAACUACUACAACGGGUAGAUGCCGUUCAAUGUCAAGUGAACUGCUUCCUGGCUCUACUUUACUUUAUACUGUUUCAAAGUUGAUGCACUGUUUUAUUUAUUGCAACUAUUUUUUGAUGUUUUAAGUAAGCAAUUUGAACAUUACUUAGGCAAUCGACAUGUUCAGUGAAAGAUAAUGAAGUGAAAGAUAAUAACACAUACAUUUUGUUUUUUAGGCUUUGAUGAUAUACUGUGUCUUUCUAUUGCUUGGGUACUUGCUGUGAUCAAUUUGUCUCUAGAAUAUGCUGCUCUUUAGUGGUUAUGUGCUAUAUUCACCAUCGGCAAUUCUCUAAAGGGAAGCUUCGUACUAAGCUCUGUAAAUUGCAGUUUUUUAGGUUAACUACUAGACAGUUAAUGUGUGUAUCUGUGCAUCUUUUAGAAAUAAAAUGUUUGAAUUAGAACAGUAGGGGUGAAAACAGCUGGCCCUGACACACUUUACAUAAAUGUUUUUUUUUCCCCUGCCUGGUAUUUUAACCAAUUAUUUAUUUUAUUCAGUAUACUUAAAGCUCUGAUGUUACAUUGUUGCGCUGUCUUUUGGAGAAAAAGUUAUCAACUCGUCAGUGAAAGUUAUAAGUAACUCAUUUAUUUACACAAAUACAAAUGUGAGAAGGUAAAACUGUAUGAUUUCAUUAUUUACAUAGUUCAAUGUGUAAUGUGUGUAAAAAUCAAAAACUCUUCAGAAUAUAAGCAGCAACAACAAAUAAUUACAACAGGUGAUGUCACUCACAAGUUGAUAUUAAAAAACCCAAACACGAA